AUGUCUAAUUCUAAUACUGCUGGACAGGUCAUACGCUGCAGAGCUGCUGUAGCAUGGGAAGCAGGGAAGCCACUGGUGAUUGAAGAAGUUGAGGUAGCACCACCACAGACAAAUGAAGUUCGUUUGAAAAUCCUUUAUACUUCUUUGUGCCAUACUGAUGUCUACUUCUGGGAAGCCAAGGGACAAAACCCUUUGUUUCCUAGAAUUUAUGGUCAUGAGGCAGGAGGGAUUGUGGAGAGUGUUGGUGAAGGCGUGACGGAUCUUAAAGCCGGCGACCAUGUCCUGCCUGUGUUCACAGGGGAAUGCAAGGACUGUGCUCACUGUAAAUCAGAAGAGAGCAACAUGUGUGAUCUCCUGAGGAUAAAUACUGACAGGGGAGUGAUGCUGAGUGAUGGGAAAUCAAGAUUUUCAAUUAAAGGCAAGCCAAUAUACCACUUUGUUGGGACUUCCACCUUCAGUGAGUACACUGUUGUUCAUGUUGGCUGCCUUGCCAAGAUCAAUCCCUUGGCUCCUCUGGACAAAGUCUGUGUCCUCAGUUGUGGUAUCUCCACAGGUCUGGGAGCUACUCUUAAUGUUGCAAAACCGAAAAAGGGAUCAACAGUUGCUGUUUUUGGAUUGGGAGCUGUAGGCCUUGCAGCUGCUGAAGGAGCCAGGAUUUCUGGGGCUUCAAGAAUUAUUGGUGUUGAUUUGAAUUCCAGCAGAUUUGAAGGGGCAAAAAAGUUUGGCGUAACCGAAUUUGUGAACCCAAAAGAUCACAAAAAGCCAGUUCAAGAGGUGAUUGCUGAGCUGACCAAUGGAGGAGUGGACAGAAGCAUUGAAUGUACUGGAAAUGUUGAAGCCAUGAUAUCUGCAUUUGAAUGUGCCCAUGAUGGUUGGGGUGUUGCUGUUCUUGUGGGAGUACCACACAAAGAGGCUGUCUUCAAGACGCAUCCUGUGAACUUUCUGAACGAGAGGACUCUCAAGGGUACCUUCUUCGGAAAUUACAAGCCUCGAACCGACAUUCCCUCUGUUGUGGAGAAGUACAUGAAUAAUGAACUUGAGCUGGAAAAGUUCAUCACCCACAAAGUCCCAUUCUCAGAAAUCAACAAGGCAUUUGAUUACAUGCUUAAAGGGGAAGGUCUUCGAUGCAUAAUCCACAUGGAGGAAUGA